AAAAAUGUCCAUUGGGAUUUAAAUAUGAAUAAUUUCUAAUGCCAAAUUAAACAAACAAAUGCCAAGCUAAAUAGAUUGCCAGUAACAAUAGAGGAAAAAAUGAUGGUUCUUUUUUUAAAGUUAUCUGCUUCCAACUUCAGAGGUUGAACACUCAAAUUCCAACUUCACCAAUCACAUUUCAGUUCACAUUUUAAAAUGUCUACUAUUCAAAGAUAAGUUCCUUUAAGAUUUACUUUUACAAACAAAAAAGGCUAUUUAUAUCGAAUAAAAAAAGAACUAAACAAAUAAUUAUGAAGAAAUUAAUAAGUGAUUAAUUUCUGAUACAGAUGCUCCUCGGUUAUAGGAAUCAGCCUAACUGGAAAUAUGCUCUGUGUUUUAUUAACUUACAAAACAUGCUAUGUUUUAUUAACUUAACAUGGAUACAUGACCGGAACAAAUGAAGUUGGGGGAAAUGACUAAUAAUCAGAAUGCUAAAAACAUAUUUAGCAUUCCUAAAUACUUUUGAAGUAAUUGUGUUUUAGUGUAUUUGUUCACUUACUGGACAUUAUGAUAACAUCGACCUUUUUUGCUUUGUCUAACAAAAUGGGUUCAAUUAUGGAAAUUAGAGUUAUUUAUUUGAUGCUAUUUAAUAGUAAGUCUUAUGCAAAUAUACACAAAUGUAAUAAAAUUAAAAAAAUUAAAGAAAUAAAAAUUUUACCAAACAAAAUUUAAAUACAACCAAGCACAUUUAGCUCACUGGUAAAUGGCUGUAAGUUCAUCCCAGGUGACUUCAUCACUUCAUUAUAAGUUCACCCAGAGAAAAUAGCUGAUAACCUCCUGAGACAAGCCCAUUACUGUUUAUAGCCUAUAUAUUCAAAACAUGACCUAGUGGAAAAAUUGUGCUGCAGUUUAUAGUAAACAGCAGAGAUAAGGGUCCAUAAAUGUGCUAAUCUCUGCAUGCGGUUAUGAAGGUCACUUUGUGAUCAGAAACAAUGCACAGAAAUGUCAAAUGCUGUUUUGUUAUUUAGCAGAAAUACACAGCAUGCUCAUGGCUUAUUACAUUUUCUUUGCACCAUUUAGGAGCUGAUAAUUUCUACGAUGCAGUCGAAGAUAUGAUUGGCUACAGACCAAACCCGUGGAUGAAAUGGAGCUGGACCUUCAUCACUCCUGUCCUCUGCAUGGGUUGCUUUGUUUUCUCCCUGGUAAAGUACAAACCACUGACCUACAACAAGGUGUAUGAGUAUCCCGAGUGGGCCAUUGGCCUGGGCUGGUGUUUGGCUUUGGCCUCUAUGAUCUGCAUCCCAAUGGUGAUGGUCAUCAAGAUCUUGCAGUCAGAAGGACCUCUCAUAGAGAGGAUCAAGGCAGUGGCGGCCCCGGCAAAGUCAGGCGUGAGCUCUCGCCCGAAAGAGUACAAUUUGAAGAGCAGCGAGCUGACACAGCCUCUGGACCCGAACGGGAACAAUGGCUUGAUCAAGCCCACUCACACCAUUGUAGAAACAAUGAUGUGAGCGCUCUCUGUGAGAGGAAUAAGAUUGAUGUGCUUACUGUGUUAUUAUAUUUUGCUAACUUUGAUAAGGGUAGGUUUACAUUGUCCAAUAUAUUCGUAUUAGAGAUAUCAUGGUUUGAUUUCUGUUAAGAGAUAUAUUUUAUUGUUAUAAUUGUUUUUCUCUUGUAAUUUUUUUUUACUCUACUGACUUUGACAAUGUUACAAAUGUUGCUGUAGUUCGCACUGAUCUCAGUUAAAGCAGUAUUUUUAAAUAGAACCUGUUCAAUGUUUACUACUUUUCUGUUGAUUCCGAGGAGAUGAAGAAUUCGAAGAAGGCACAGGAAAUACUGUAACUCACUUCUCAUGAAUUUAAGUCACAAAGUGGGCAAUUUGCUGAAAAAUGACUGAAACUAUCUAAAUUAUUCACGUGAUUGUGAUUUCUUAUACAAAAUGCUCUCAGAUUUCAGUUGUUCAGACCAUAACAGAGACAACAUGGGACAUAAACUCCUUCAGUUACAGAAUAAACAAGGCCUUGGCUUGUUCAAACAAAAAUGCAGCCUAAAAAGAAAGUAAAAUAUUUUUAAAAGAAAGAGAAAAAGAGUUGAGAAAGAAAAAGUAAAGGGAAGAGGUGUUUUUAGAGUAUGUGUAUCCUGCCUCUGUGACUUCUUAGUCAGCCCCAGUGCAUUUAUUGAAACCUUUCUUUGCACUUUAUGUCGUAUCACCUUUAAUGUAGAAUUUUCUCUUAUUUAAGAGAAAAUGUUUUUAGCUUUUAACUUUUUGAUAUUAACUUUGACACAGAGCAUCUAGUUUUUGGCCUGCUAAAAAUAAUGACAGAGUAGGACUGUAUCAAAUACUCAGAUUUUUAAAAAAUCAUUAGCGGGCUCUGUGAAGACGUCGUUUUGUCAUGUUACUUUUAUUCUGAAAUACCUGACAGUUAUCUCCAUUUUGCUGAUUUCAGCAGCAGGUUUGCUCUACGGGACAUCUGGAUUGCAGCCUGUAAUACUAAACUGUGUUUGUGUUUUAGAAUUGAAACUGUUAAAAAUUCACAUAUGCCUUUUUCUGACAAUUUUUCACUGUGCAUCACCUGAACAUCAUCACAGAAUCUACUGAAAUGUGUUUCUCCAGGAUAGACCAUCUAGAAUCUUUACUGCACCUCUUCAGUGUGCAACAACGACAUAUAAAUUGCAUCCUUUGCCCAUUGAAAAUACAUGAUAAUUUUGACUGAUUGGCUGAUGCAACUGGAUACAAAGCUUAAAAAAAAUAAUUGUUUUCCUCAAACGUGUGCAAGAGCCACUGGAUUAUCUUGCUGCUUUUGCUACUUGGAAACUCUGAUGUACCAAAGCAUUUCUUUUUGUCUCAAAGUUAUCCCCUUCAAGAUGCAUAUUGCAUCAUGUCUAUAUAAAUAAAAUAAACAUAUUUUCCUUGGA